GAAAAAGGGUCUUUGUUUUGAGGGGCAGUAAUCGAUCUUAAAAAGACAAACAAUUGUAGCCAAGUUUUUUUUUUGUCAGCUUUCCAUUUAACUAGACAAAGCUUUGGUUAGACAACGUUUUUCUGGAGAACACUUCUAUUCCACAAUAUUAAAGUUUUUUUUUUGAAAAUUCACAAUACUAAAGUUCAAAAACUAAUAAUAAUAAGAAUUCCACAAUAUUUUGUCCACACUAUAUAGUCCAUGAUAUUUUGUCCAGCUACAUAAUUCAUGAUAUUUUGUCAUGUUCAGUAGUCUAUACUACAUUAUCACGCACUUAUCCAUCAUAUGUUGUCGGUAUGUAUUCUGAACUAGCUAAUCCCAUAUACUUUAUAUACAACACCAUCAAUGAUCGGUUCCAAUCGAGACGUAACCUAUACUAUAGAGAUUCCACAGGCUCUCAAGAUUAUUAUUUUUUUAAAUGUAACUUAUUGAAAGAGUAGCCCACUUUCGCUUUUGAAAGGUCAAUUUUAUAAAGUCGAUAAGAAUUAUUAUCCUAGGUCAAAUGCCAAUGGAGUAGGAAAGACGAAUAAUGACUGAUAUAGCAGCAUGUGACAUGCACAAAGUAAGCAACCUCAGAAGAAGGCAGAACGUAGAACUAGGGCAAAAGCUGAUCUGUUUUCCGAAUCAUCUUCCACGGUUUAGCUGUAAAACACAUGCCCUAAUUCUGGGUUAUUGUUUAAUCCAUUCCGAUAACUUCUUAUACACGCAACACUAGGUUAAAACCUCAGUGAUUUCAAUAACUCACACUGCAAAAAGAAAAAGAAAAAAGAAAAAAGAAGAAAAUAUCUAAGAGAUGGAGGAAGACCUCAAAAGCUUUAUCAAAGUAUGGGUUUAUGGAAUAAUCUCUAUAUCUUAUUGUUAUUACAUAACAACCAGAAUCAGAUCUGGUGUUCCUCGUUUACUCUCUAUCUUUCCCGUUCUUGUUCUGUUUCUUGUUAUUCCUCUGUCUUUCUCCUCUGCGCAUUUGUCUUUAUACACGACGUUUUCGCUUACGUUCCUCGCUAAUUUUAAACUUAUCCUCUUCUCCUUUGAUAAAGGUCCUCUAAUCCCACUUCCUACAACUCUCGGCAGAUUUUUCUGCUUUACUUGCUUCCCAAUCAAAGCCCAAGAAAACCCUAAUUCUCAAAAUCAUUUUCCUAAAAGGGAUGUCGCCGUUAAAGUUGCUAUCGUUGGUGUGUUACUACAUUUGUAUGGCUACAGAAAUAAUCUGUCUCCGACUCUGCUUUUGGCUCUCUAUUUUGUUCAACUCUACUUGGAGAUUGACAUUGUUGCAUCAUUCCUCAAAAUUGCGGUUGUUAUCUUUCUUGGCUGUGACCUCGAGCCACAGUCCAAUAAACCAUACUUAGCCACAUCUCUACAAGACUUCUGGGGACGCCGGUGGAAUCUCAUGGUUCCCGCGAUUCUCCGGGCAGCUGUUUACGCCCCAAUGCGGCAAGUCUCUCAACGAAGAAUGAGUUCCGGUUGGGGACUGUUUCCUGGUGUUUUAGCGGCCUUCAUCGUCUCCGGACUGUAUCAUGAACUGCUCUUUUAUUAUUUAACUCGUGAGGUGCCAACAUGGGAAGUUACUUGGUACUUCGUUUUACAAGGAGUUUGCACUGCGGCAGAAAUAGCAUUGAAGAAGAAGACGACGGUGACGCGGCGGUGGCAGUUGACUCCGGCGGUAUCGCGGCUGCUCACAGUGGGGUUUGUGUUUGUGACCGGUGUUUGGCUAUUUGCACCUCAGCUUGUACGGAGCGGCGUGUUGGAGAGAUACAAAUAUGAGGAAGUUUUGUUUGUUGAUUUUAUUAAGCAGAAGUUUAUAACUUUGUUGCGGAUAUUUUUGACGAGCGUUAAAUCUUUUAACGGUGUUUGAUUCAGGAUUCUGAUUCUGCUUAUUUUUCUUCAAAAAACUAGUGG